AUGACUUUGUCUAGUACAAGUCCUGAGAUAAAUUUGGCUUUUUGUGAUCCGGAUGAACCGUGCGACUUUGGAUGCAAUGGAGGAUUGAUGAAUAGUGCUUUUGAAUACAUACUAAAAUCUGGUGGGGUGAUGCGCGAGGAAGAUUAUCCUUAUUCUGGUACUGAUCGCGGUACCUGUAAAUUUGACAAAGCAAAGAUUGCAGCAUCAGUGGCAAACUUCAGUGUGGUCUCGCUUGAUGAAGAGCAGAUUGCUGCAAAUCUUGUGAAAAAUGGUCCUCUUGCAGUGGCUAUCAAUGCAGUAUUCAUGCCCAUACAUAUGCUCAAAAAGGCUGGAUCACGGAGUAUUACUGGUGGGAUAUGGUUCUGGUGCCUACGCACCCAUUAG